ACAUAAAAAAUAAUUAAUCACAACUAAUUUAGCCAGCGAGCUAACAUGCACUGUCAUUACCUUGUUCGGCCUGUCAGUGUCAAAACAACCUAGCUAGCUGGCUAGCUCAUUGGCUGGCUGGCUAAUGUUUCCGAUUUCUCUUUUUAAUUAGCUAGCAAGCUAGCCGCGUACGUGACAGUCUAACUUGGUUUGUUUGAUGGCUGUGUUGCCUGUUAGAAGCGACGUUUUAGCUAUUUGGUUUUGGCAAGUAAUGGUAACGUUUUUUCGUUGAAAAAAGUAUUGGCUAAUUGAUUUGGUUAAAUGUGACAUAGUCUGGGUAACGUUAACUUAGGAAACUUGCUGAUCAAACAUUAGCUAAAUGUAAUUGGCUUCUGAAGCAUCCACUAAACUUUUGGAAUAAUAGAAGUAGCUAACUUGCGUCCCUAAACAAUCUCUCAUAUGUAUUAAUAAUUUAUUCAAUUUCUAGUUUGUUUUAGUUAUGUUUUGCAUGAUAGUUACCCCUUAAAUGUUAGAAGUUGGACCGGUGUGACGGUCUGGUUAGCCUUGGAUAACGUCAACGGUGAACUAUCUAUUUAGUCUAGAUGUGGCUUGUAUAGCUUGCCAUUGAUGGUGUUAUUUUGUGUUGAAGUAUCAUUGUUCGCCCGGCUUUAUAUCGGAAUUAUUGUGAUUGGCAGUCAUACAGCGCACAAGUACAGAUGAGUGCAGUGCAACUAUACAGUGUCACUAGAGGAAUCUGAUAUAGAAAACCCUGAAGCAAGCCGAAUGAAGCGAGCGGCUGCGAAGCAUCUGAUAGAGCGCUACUACCACCAACUAACGGAGGGCUGCGGAAAUGAGGCCUGCACCAACGACUUCUGCGCUUCCUGCCCGGGCUUCUGCCGCAUGGACAACAACGCGGCCGCCGUGAAGGCCCUGGAGCUGUACAAAAUGAACGCCAAGCUGUGCGACCCUCACCCUUCCAAAAAAGGAGCCAGCUCCGCCUACCUGGAGAACAGUGCCAAAGGACCUCGCCCCAAGUCGGCCUGCAGCGACAGGAAGAUGAACCACAGAGACCUGCACCCCAUCAGGGACGACCUCAAAGAUUUGAAUUACCUGACAGAGGAGAAAGUGUAUGAGAUCCUGGACAUCUGCAGGGAAAAGGAGGACUACUCCCCAUUGAUCCGUGUGAUUGGCAGGAUCUUCUCCAGCGCGGAGGGCCUGGUGCAAAGCUUCCGCAAGGCCAAACAUCACACAAAGGAGGAGCUCAAGUCCCUCCAGGCCAAAGAUGAGGACAAGGACGAGGAUGAGAAGGAGAAGGCCGCCUGUUCUGCCACGGCCAUGGCCGGGGCAGUAGAAGGUGCCUCUGAAGGAGACUGCAGUGCACAAAAGCUUGGCCCCGACGAGGUUUCGGUGGACAUCGAUGCUGUGAGGCGGGUCUACAACAGGCUGCUGGCCAAUGAGAAGAUCGAGGCAGCUUUCCUAAACGCCCUGGUUUACCUUUCACCCAAUGUGGAAUGUGACCUGACCUACCACAACGUGUACUCGCGGGACCCCAACUACCUGAACCUUUUCAUCAUCGUGAUGGAGAACAGCAACCUCCACAGCCCCGAGUAUCUGGAGAUCGCCCUGCCUCUCUUCUGCAAGGCGAUGAGCAAGCUGCCCCUGCCGGCGCAGGCCAAGCUGGUGCGACUGUGGUCGCAGUACAGUGCUGAGCAGAUCCGCCGCAUGGUGGAGACCUUCCAGCAGCUCAUCACCUAUAAGGUGAUCAGCAACGAGUUCAACAGCCGCAACCUGGUCAACGACGACGACGCCGUGGCCGCGGCAACCAAGUGCUUGAAAAUCGUCUACUAUGCAAACGUCCUGGGCGGGGACAUUGACAUGGGACACAACGAGGAGGAGGACGAGGAGCCCGUCCCGGAGUCGAGCGAGCUCCAGGAGCUGCUGGGAGAGGAGCGGCGGAACAAGAAGGGCCCCCGGGUGGACCCGCUGGAGACGGAGCUGGGCGUUAAGACUAACGACUGCCGGCGACCCCUAAUCCCCUUCGAAGAGUUUGUCAACGAGCCGCUCAAUGACGUGUUGGAGAUGGACAAGGACUACACCUUUUUCAAGGUGGAGACUGAGAACAAGUUCUCCUUCAUGACCUGUCCCUUCAUCCUCAACGCCGUCACCAAGAACCUGGGCCUGUACUACGACAACCGGAUCCGAAUGUACAGCGAGAGGCGCAUCACGGUCCUCUACAGCCUGGUCCAGGGCCAGCAGCUCAACCCUUACCUGCGGCUCAAGGUGCGCAGGGACCACAUCAUCGACGACGCCCUCGUCAGGCUUGAGAUGAUUGCCAUGGAAAAUCCUGCAGACUUGAAGAAACAGCUCUACGUGGAGUUCGAGGGAGAGCAAGGCGUAGACGAAGGAGGAGUUUCCAAAGAGUUCUUUCAGCUUGUAGUCGAAGAGAUAUUCAACCCAGAUAUUGGAAUGUUCGCGUACGACGAAAGCACAAAACUGUUCUGGUUUAACCCGUCCUCGUUUGAGACAGAGGGCCAGUUCACUCUAAUUGGCAUUGUCCUCGGCCUCGCCAUUUACAACAACUGCAUCCUGGACGUGCAUUUCCCCAUGGGGGUCUACCGCAAGCUGAUGGGCAAGAACGGAACCUUCCGGGACCUGGCCGAUUCUCAUCCGAUCCAGCACCAGAGCCUGAAGGAGCUGCUGGAGUACGAGGGCAGCGUGGAGGAGGACAUGAUGAUCACCUUUCAGAUCUCGCAGACCGACAUCUUCGGGAACCCCCUCAUGUACGACCUCAAGGAGAACGGAGACAAGAUCCCCGUCACCAACGAGAACAGGAAGGAGUUUGUGGCUCUGUACGCCGAUUACAUAUUGAACAAAAGCAUAGAAAAGCAGUUCAAAGCGUUCAGAAGAGGUUUUCACAUGGUCACAAGCGAGUCGCCUCUAAAGUAUUUAUUCCGGCCUGAGGAAAUCGAGUUGCUCAUCUGUGGAAGCAGAAACCUCGACUUUCAAGCGCUUGAAGAAACAACAGAAUAUGAUGGGGGCUACACCCGGGAGUCCCACAUCAUCAAGGACUUCUGGGAAACGGUGCACUCGUUCGCAGAGGAGCAGAAGAGGCUAUUCCUGCAGUUCACCACUGGCACGGACCGGGCCCCCGUGGGAGGCCUGGGCAAGCUGAAGAUGAUCAUCGCCAAGAACGGCCCCGACACGGACAGGCUCCCCACUUCCCACACCUGCUUCAACGUCCUCCUGCUUCCUGAGUACAGCACCAAGGAGAAGCUGAAGGAGAGACUGCUGAAGGCCAUCACGUACGCCAAGGGCUUCGGCAUGCUGUGACCCCCCCAACCCCCCCACCCCCCACCCCGGGACAAGGCAGAGAACUAAUCACCCCCGCCCCUGUCCCAAAAAAAAACAAAUGUACCAUCUCAAAAAAGGAAAAAAAAAAGAGAAAAAGAGGUGAAAAGCCUGAACGGGGCUAUACGGCGGAGCUCCGCGGUGAGGCAGCGUCUGGCCUGUGUACUGGCUCACACCCGCAGGCCGCAGGGGUUGGAGCAGGAGAGAAACCACAUGUGAUCAAACCCUUUUUAUUUUACGCCCUCUGCUCCCACUCACCACCCCCACCCCAUGUCGUGUGAAUGUGUCACAUACACCCCCACCCCACCCUUCUCAUAUGUACAGAAAAAAUUUCUUUGCUAUUUAUUUUAAGGGUAAAAAUCAGUUAUUUUUUUGUUGGCUUGACUGGAGAUUAAAUUCUGUGUGUGUGUGCGUGUGUGUAUAUGUGUGUGUGUGUGUAUGUGUGUGUGGGAGGGGAGGGGCAUAUAAAAAGUGGGAAAACAACAUUAAACUUGAUUAAAAAAACAUUUAAUUUGUAAAAAAAAAAAAAAAAAAUGGAAAAAUCAAAAAAAAAAAAAAAAAUUUCAACUGUUAGUCUCCAGCUCUGUUACUUACUGGUCUUUUAACCCUGCCCUGAAGCCCCAUUGGUUAUUUGGGACUGGGCAUCUCCUGGUCCCAGGCCUUGCUGUAACCACUGCUGUCCUUGUGUAACGGGGCUCCCUCAGGUGUGCUGUCCAGGGAGUAGAGGGAGUGCUGUAGAAUGUUCUGGAACCACAGCCUUGAAAAUGUAGACUUUCUGAGCAAAGCACAAAGAGGUGCCCCCACUCGACCCCCCUCUUCCCAAACUCACGUCACUGUCAGACCCAAGCCCCAGUCGCCAGUCUAGUACCUUUGAUCGCAAUGGCCACAUAUUAGAAGGAAAAAAUAAUAAAAUGUGAAUUUAUAUUCCUGCCCAUAAAAUGUAUUUCCAGCAAACCUUAAAAGAAGCAAAGUUUUCCACGAGAUCGUUGAACAUGUGAAAGUGCACUUAAAGAAAAAUAUUCAGAAUGUCGGCACAUAUUAUCAACUGCCUGUUUUUGGUUUUGUUUUUUUUUAAGCAUCAAUCAGAAGUCUUCCCAGAUAGCUCUUGUUUUACAGCAGUGUUUGGUUAAUUAUUGGGAUGAUGACUGUGAAGAAACAUGUUCCCUUUUUUGAGUCCAAGGAUCUGUUACUGUGUGUAACCCAUUAUUUGUAGUGCCAUUUUGGCCAAUGCGUGCUGCUGAAUUUGGCCGCGUCUAGCUUCAGAACCAAGGCAUUAUGCGCUCAAAAAAAUGAGAAAAAAAAGACUGGUUUUAAAAAGCUUCUAUCCGUUAUUAUUUCACAUUAAGACACUGGUCUCUCCCCUUAUCCCAACACCACAAAAAAGCAUUUUUGUUCAUUCACCCAUUUUCUAAAGAUUUGUUUUUUUUGUUGUGCUUCAUAUUAAUGAGGAUUCUAGAGACAUUGAACGCCCAAAGUCUAAUGGUGAACUUGCCAUUACAGUACGGCAGUAGACUAUUGUUUUUAAUAUUUCAGUAGCGAGUUAUUCCCAGCACAGUCUCCCUGACCUAGAUAAUUUACAGUACCUUGUGUGUCUGAGAAAGGUGGGGUGGGGGGGGGGUGUGGAGGGGGUUGAUAAGAUCACACCAUACCACUAUACAAAUGUUCUGAACAUGCACAUUCAGAAAUCUUCCCCUGGUCAUGCAGCGGGAAAAAACGUUUUUUGUAUUGUCUGGUUUCCAUAAUUUUAUUUCAAUUUCCUGUGGUUUGUACUACUGCCGAUGACGCACAGCCAGGAAAAGGCAUCUCGGCUGCGGAGCCCGGAAAAAAAGCAAAAAUGUGACAUUUAAAUAAAGAUAUCAGAAGGGAAAGGAGUUUGUUAUUUGUAGGUUUAUUUGAACAAAGAUAUUCUCUGAAAAAAUAAGUCAUGGAACGAUGACGAAAGUAAACGUGGUGUGUAAACAAAAUGCUAAAUAAAAGUGACUGCUUUUUCAUCA